AGCCUCAAAACCAGUUUAUCGAUAAUGUUUCUAAUGCUAAUUCUUUAGCCUAAAAGCCUUUAUUAAACAUUGUGUUUUUUGAAAAGUGUGCUCAAAUUGAAGUUUUAAAGUAAAGUGUCAGGAUUGUUCAGUGCACACACAGUUAAACAUUGCUUAAGGCCACUGAAUCUUGACAGCUGGCGGUUUCGGCGCAUGCGCAGAUCAUUCGCAGAGAGGAAGCGACUGAGCGGUAGCAACGGACGAGCUGCGGCUGAUAUCCCCUGACACAAUUAUGUCUGUCUCUCCACCGCCGGUUUCUCUCAGGUAUCCGUUUACCGGAGCCUGAAUGGCGUUGGUAACUGUGCAGCGGUCGCCUACUCCAAGCGCAACAUCCAGCCCUUGCGUUUCGGAGUCUGGCAGUGGGGAAGAUGACCGCAGAUCUCAGCCGAGAAGCAUCAGCGAGAGCUUCCUGACAGUAAAAGGCGCGGCUCUUUUCCUUCCGCGUGGAAAUGGCUCCUUCUCUUCCUGCUCCCCCAGAAUCUCAGCACAGCGCAGCAAACAUGCAGGUGACAUUCAACAGCACCUGCAGACCAUGUUCACUUUACUGCAGCCGGAGGAUAACAUCCGCCUGGCUGUACGGCUGGAGAGCGUUUUGCCCCAGUAUACCCGCUACAUGGUGGUGGUCUCCACCAACGGCAGACAGGACACAGAGGAGAGCGUGGUGCUGGGCAUGGACUUCAGUUCUUCUGACAGUUCCUGUUCCAUAGGAAUGGUGCUUCCACUUUGGAGUGACACACGGAUCCAUCUGGAUGGAGAUGGGGGUUUCAGCGUGUCCACAGAUAACAAGAUACACGUAUUCAAGCCAGUCUCUGUACAAGCCAUGUGGUCUGCCCUUCAGUCUCUUCAUAAGGCCUGUGAAGUGGCCCGCGGUCAGAACUACUUUCCAGGCAGUCUCUUCAUGACGUGGGUGAGUUAUUACCAGAGCCGCGUGUCCUCUGAUCAAGUCUGCAUCAAUGAGUGGAACGCCAUGCAGGACGUGCAGUCCCAUCGCGCAGACUCCCCCGUGCUCUUCUCUGAUGUGCCAACCGAGCGGGAGAGAACAGAGAGACUCAUCAAGACUCGCUUGAGAGUGAUCAUGAUGCAGAAGGAUCUGGAGAACGUGACGUCAAAAGAGAUCCGCACAGAGCUGGAGAUGCAGAUGGCGUGUAACCUGCGGGAGUUUAAAGAGUACAUUGAUAAUGAGAUGAUUGUCAUCUUGGGUCAGAUGGACAAGCCUACAGAAAUAUUUGAGCAUGUUUACCUGGGUUCUGAAUGGAAUGCAUCUAAUCUGGAAGAACUGCAGAGCAGCGGGGUGCAAUACAUCCUUAAUGUGACACGAGAGAUCGAUAACUUCUUUCCUGGCCUGUUCGAGUACCACAACAUCCGCGUCUACGAUGAAGAAGCCACAGAUCUGCUGGCUUACUGGAACGACACAUACAAGUUUAUUUCUAGAGCCAAGAAAGCAGGAGCUAAGUGUCUGGUGCAUUGUAAGAUGGGCGUCAGCCGCUCAGCCUCCACCGUGAUCGCUUACGCCAUGAAGGAGUAUGGCUGGGAUCUUGAGCAGGCCUUUGAGUAUGUUAAAGAACGCCGGGCCGUAACCAAGCCCAACCCGUCAUUCAUGAGGCAACUGGAGGAGUACCAGGGCAUCCUGAUGGCCAGCAAACAGAGACACAAUAAGUUGUGGCGUUCCCACUCAGACAGUGAUCUAUCUGAACACCACGAGCCGCUCUGUAAGGCCCCUGCCGCACAGUCUCUCGGACGUUCCAAUUCCCGCAACCUGACGGGCUGUCAGGGGUCGCCCUCGAUACAAGAGCUCCUACAGCCACUCUCACCCUCCUUGGCCAGGGCGGCUGGAUCGAAAUGCCGGUCAGAGUCUGAGAGCGCAGCCUGCCAGAAAAAACACCUUAACAACGGCCUUGGGAACCAGGAUGAGAACCUCAACGGACCCACCGAGGACCCGUCCGCCCCUAGACCCAGGGCCGCCACUGUGGUCCCAGGUGCCCAAUCCGAUAUUACCUCUGUGACCAUCGCCGAGACGGUCUCUUUGGGUCGACCCCACCCGCCCGCCGCUAUACACCACCCCCCAUCUUCUCCCAGGCUUUUCUCAGAUGCGAAGAACAAGCUGAAUGAUCAGCCCGAUGUGUCCAAUCUUGUGCCUUCGGAGAAGCCUGGUCCUAAAGUGCUGAGCAUUAGGAGCAGGACCCCUGAGCCAUGCACGCAGGUCCCGGAUUCCUCAGGGCUGCAAGAUCUCAGUCAGCAAGUGCCUAACACGGAGACAAACUGUGCAGGGCUAAGUCAUGCCAGUGAUGAAGACCACCACCCCAGUGCCACCUUACACAGAGCUGAGCUCUCAACCGCCCGUCCCUCAACUCUAAGCACAGACCACAUCGACUUCUUCAGUGCCAGAGAGAAAUUCCAGGGCCUUUUGCAGGAGGGGCAAACCCGAGGGACUUCAGAGCAAGGAGCGCAGCAGACACCUCGGGACAAAAGUCCAAGCGUGGAGACAAAACGGCUAAUUCCUGAUAACCCGGUUAAAGAAGAAGAGCAGAAACAGGAGAGCUGCAGUGUCUCAGCGCAUAACAUAGUUUCAGAAAUGGAGUCCGUACAGCACAGUGUAACCCCUCCCCCCUCUCCUACCAGCCGACCUGUUUCCUGUAGCAACAGCGAGGAAGAGGAAGUGGACGCUGAGAAGGCGGAGCAUGGGAAAGAACCGCAAAGCGAUUGGCCGAAGGGCACUGUGUGGCAAGCUACCAGAGAGCUCGAGCACAAAAUCAAGCAGGAGGUCUCGACGACUCCACCGUCGUCCCCGGGCUCGCCCAUCAACACCAGCAGCGGAGAAAGAACAGAGGACACCUCAACCCAAAUGCAACUCACACCUGAUCCAAGCACUGUGUCAAAUCAACAUUACCAGCCUCAGCACAUUGUAGACGAGAUGGACGGAGACGAACGUUCAGGUGACGAGGAGAGAACUGGAAGAGGAAAUGAAAGAAGACUCAGGGAGGGAGAGCCUGGUCACCUCAGCCUUUUAGGGGCAGAAAUGAGCCUCAUGCACUCGAGACAAAGUCACUCCUGUUCAUCCAACUCAUCUCCUGCCUUGGUUCUUAAGCUAGAUGGAAUCACGAAGCAAGAAAGCUACACUGACUCGGAGUGUCACUCAGGACGUUGUCCAAAGGACAUGAGAGAAACAUGGGAGACCCUGAAAGAACUCGGGGCUUUCCUUUGGCUGGUGAGUGGUUGCUCGGGAAAAGGACCGUGGUCCAGAAGGGAGCAAAGAAGGGGCGGGGCUUUGAGAGACAGGACCCAAGAGGUGGAGGCUCGGAUCCGGCAGGCUGGCCUGACCAAACCCUCAAAAAUGAAGCGGUCAGCCUCCUUGGCCAAGCUUGGGUUGCUAGAGCUCUCGCCCGUUGACCUGACCGAACUUGACUUGAGUCCCACCUUACUCCCUGCGUCCACCAAUAAGUUCCACCUGCUAAGUGACGAUACCUCAAAAAAGAAGCGUUGCACUCCUUCUCUCCCUUCCGCUUCCACGUCUCCUCUUUCAUCCACUGGAUCUCAUAUGCUUGGACACACGGAUGAUUGUGAGACCAAGGAGGCUGAACAUUGUGACUGUGAUGUCGUGCCCAUGCCACUGCCACUCUCCCCACCAUCCAAUCAGUGUUGGAGGCGGGAUAGUUCGCAGGAAGCAGGUUAUGCUCCCUCGACCGCCCCCACCGUGAUUCCUGUGGCCACGCGCCAACAAUACGGGAGGACGCACCCCCUGCUGAGGCUGAAAAAACAUUCCGUUAACCCUUACCACACUAUGUGACUUUUAUUCUGUAUGCCUGUAUGUGCGAGGGAAUGUAUGUGUGUGUUCGUUCCUGCCAGUGUGUGAUUGAGAAUAACUUUUCACGCAUACCUCAGUGGGCCUUAUCCAAUCUGAAAUCAAAAAAUGCGGAGCACAAAGUGAUUGAAUGUUUCGGUGGGGCGGAUGGCCCAUAGAAUAGGAAUCCUUAAAUGCCGACCCAUCAAAAAGAAUCGCUGCUCUUGAGGAACAAUGAAGUGCUAUGACUGAUCUACUUUUUGCACAAUGUCUAUCAAGUUGUUGUUUGAAUUCUUUGGUAAUUGCCACUUCAUCCUUUACCUGUCAGUCUAUGAAAACGUACCACAAAAUCUCUGCUGAAUUGGUAUUGAUUCUGGAGCGUGUGUGUGUGUAUGUGUGUAUGUGUGUGUACACCUGCAUAUUGGGAACUGAAAUAAAGCCGUAGAUGAAUAUGUCUAAACACGUUCAAAAAUGAAUGUGAUGUAAUCGUGAGUGUAAAAUUAUUACAGAUGUCAGAUUUAUUAUGUGUGCAUGUUGGUUUAAUGAGAAUGGGAUCUGUACUGUGGUACUUGUAGAAUGUAGUGUUUACGGCCCUCAGUGUGUGUAUGUAUAUUUUGUGGAUGUGUAUGAUAUGUAUACAUCGAUGUGGGCGUGUGCACAUUUUCUGUUUGUUUUCAACUUCUGUGCAGUUUCUUCCUUCAGGAGUUUCUGUUUUGUUGAAGAUGACAAAAACAGACGUGGGGGAUUUUAAUAUGCACUUUUUAUUAUUGUGUUAUUUGUUUUUUUAAACUGUGGUUUGUAUUCUGGAAGCAUGCUCACAGAGUAUGUGUUUAGAGUUGCUUUUAAGGGUGUUUGUACAGUUCAAAAAACGAAAGAAGACAGAAAUAAUUCUGUUCGUCGUGAGACUGGAAAAUAUUUUCUUUUUAUUGUGCAUAAACUGUGACAAUUAAAGAAAAUUUCAAAGCA